AUGAUAAAUCUUAAAGAAUUAAAAUUAUAUUUAUUAAUAAAAGUAUAUCGUUUAAAUUAUAUUGAUGGUAUUCAAUUAUAUAAUGAACUUCUUUGUCAUAUGAAUAAAUUAAAUCAAUUUACAUUUAAUAUUCAAACACGUGUCUGGAGAUGUAAUACUAAUAUUAAUCUUUCAUCAGAUGAAGAUAUUCAACGUAGUUUUAUUGGAAAAGAAAUAUAUAAACAAAUUAAUUGA